AUGUCGCCUGAAGCAACAUACAAGCCGGACGAACGCAGUAAAGGCAAUCGCCUUGCGAAGCGAACGGAGUACAACGCAGAACUCGUCCACGGCAUAAUCAACGAAACACCCAUCCUGCACGUCUCCUUCAAUGCACCUUCCAAGCAAGAUGGCCCGCAUUUCCCGACCAUUUUACCCAUGCUCGGCGCAAUCGGACAGUACGAUCACGACGAAGAACCGCACAUCUACCUCCACGGCUCAUCCGUCGCUCGCCUCUUCCGGCUGACAGCCAACGACGAAAUACCCCUCUGCGUCUGCGGCAGCAUCUUGGACGGCUACGUGCUUGCGCUCGCGCCAUUCCACAACAGCUGUAACUACCGCUCGGCGGUUUGCUUCGGUCAUGGCUCGGUCAUAACGGACGCUGAUGAGAUCACGUACGCGCUGAAGCUGAUUACCAAUAACAGCAUCCCGGAGCGGUGGGAGAACAGCCGGGCUCCAGCAACGCCAGCGGAGAUCACUUCGACGGGAGUAUUGAAAGUCCGGAUCGAGACGGCGUCGGCAAAGACUCGUGCUGGUGGGCCGAGCGAUGAUAAAGCCGACUUGCAGAAUCCGGAUGUCGUCGGUAAGACAUGGAUCGGUGUCGUGCCGACGUAUCUCACCUUCGCCGAGCCGAUAGCGGCAGAGGCGAACAAGGUGAAGCAGGUGCCGGAGUACCUUGCGGACUGGGUGGCGGAUGCGAACUCGCUGAAUGAGCAGAAAGCCAUCGAUGCGGUUGAGGGCGAGGGUGAUCACGGUGGACCAGCGAAGCGGAGGGGUCAAGAAUAA